AGGAGACGAAUUCAGUUUCAGAUUGUUGUGUUGUUGAUAUCUUCUAUUAUCAAACAUGGCGCUUUUGGAUCUUUUCAUUGUUGCAUCUAUGCCAGUACUAAAAUUGUUGCUGAUUACUGGAUUGGGAGCCUAUCUAGCUCUAGAUCACAUUAACAUUAUGGGAGAAGAUUCAAGGAAGCAUGCAAAUAAUAUAGUGUUUUAUGUGUUCAAUCCCGCACUUAUUUGCAGCAGCUUAGCCAGAACAAUAACAUAUGACAGCGUAAUUAUGUUGUGGUUCAUGCCUUUCAACAUUCUCCUUACAUUUAUUGUUGGUUCGGCUCUUGGAUGGUUGGUUAUACAUAUUACUAGAGCUCCUUCUCAUCUACAAGGCCUUAUUAUAGGAUGUUGCUCUGCAGGGAACAUGGGAACCCUGUUUCUUAUUAUAAUCCCAGCAGUAUGCAAAGAAAAAGGGAGCCCAUUUGGAAAUCCUGAUGUUUGUUAUGAAGAUGGAUUGGCUUAUGCUUCACUGUCAUUGGCAGUAAGUGCAGUGUUCUUGUGGUCUUAUGUGUACAACAUCGUACAAAUAUCUUCAUUGAAGAGUUCAAAAGCGAUUCACAUAAAUGACUCAUCCCCAAUAACAAAACAAGGGGAUAUUGAAGAGCCUUUACUUUUGGGAAAAGAUCAACUGGUAUCUGAAUAUGAUGCCGAUGAUGGUCAAUCUUGUACUAUAUUUGAGACCAAGCCCCAGGGCCAGAUAUCAAUCGUUAAGAGGGUAAAACAGUGCUUGGAAAAGUUGAAUAACAAGAUCAAUUUGAAGAUAAUAUUUGCCCCUUCAACUACUGGAGCGAUUGUUGGGUUUGUGAUAGCUCUUAUACCUCAAAUCAAAUGGUUGUUGAUUGGUGAUGAAGCUCCUCUACGUGUGAUCCAAGAUUCCGCUUCUCUGCUCGGAGAUGGAACUAUUCCAGCACUUACCUUAAUUGUAGGAGGGAACCUUUUGAGAGGUUUGAAGGAAACAGGACUUGAAAAGUCAAUCAUAGUUGGCAUCGUCAUUGUUCGCUAUAUAAUGCUGCCUAUUAUUGGAAUUGGGAUUGUAAAAUUGGCACUUCAUUUUGGUGUAGUGCAACCAAGUCCACUCUAUCAAUUUGUUCUUUUACUACAGUAUGCCCUUCCACCUGCAUUAAACAUCGGGACCAUAACUCAACUGUUUGGAGCUGGAGAGAGCGAAUGUUCGGUUAUCAUGCUAUGGACAUAUGCACUUGCUUCUGUUUCCCUUACCCUUUGGUGUACACUCUUCAUGUGGCUUGUGGCACCAUAAACUGUUAAAUUGUGUUAGUUUUUGCAUUUU